AUGCUCUUCUCAAGGAGACUAUUCGCCGGCCUGACGGCGUUGGCAACAACAGCUUCAGCUCAGACGUAUUCAUCGUGUAACCCCCUCCAACAAACAACAUGUCCCGCCGACACAGCUCUCGGCAUGGCCAUCCACGUCGACUUCACCCAGGGCGCCGUCAACUCCUUCGCCGCAUCAGGUAACCCAUCCUACGGCUCCGACGGCGUGACCUUCAGCGUCGCCGCCUCGGGCCAGGCGCCGCAACUCAUGUCCCUCUUCUACAUCAUGUUCGGCCGCGUCGAAAUCACCCUGAAAGCCGCCACCGGCGCCGGCAUCGUCAGCUCCCUCGUCCUGCAGUCCGACACCCUCGACGAGAUCGACAUGGAGUGGCUCGGCGCCGACCCGACAGAGGUGCAGUCAAACUACUUUGGUAAAGGCGACGUGACGACCUACAACCGCGGCCAGUUCCACCAGACCAGCAAGAACAAUCAGGAGAAUUUCAUGAAGUACACCAUCGACUGGACCUCGGAGCGCAUCGUCUUCUCCGUCGACGGCACCGUCGUCCGCACCUUGAAGGAAUCCGAGGCCGAUACAAACCAGUACCCGCAGUCGCCCAUGCAGGUCAAAUUCGGCUCCUGGUCCGGCGGCGACCCGGCCAACGCCGCCGGCACGAUCGACUGGGCCCGCGGACCGACGGACUUCUCCAAGGGGCCCUUCCACAUGGUCGUCAAGGACGUUUCGAUUACGGACUACUCGACGGGUAAAGAGUACAAGUACACCGACACCACGGGCAACUGGGGCUCUAUCCAGGCCGUCGACGGCCAGGUCAAUGGGAACCUGGGGAAGGCGAGCCAGGUCACCUACACGGCCAGCGCGGCCGCCGAGACGGGUUCUCCCGCGCCCACGGUGCCCCGCGGCGGUAUCGGCGCCGACGAGUCGGCCUCCGCUACGCAGACGGGUUGGCCUUGGGUCGCGAGCGCGAGACCUACGGGCGGUUCUGUGCCGGACGGAUGGCGCAUGACGUCCGAGGGCAAGAUUAUUCCCGACGGCGCGGGCAGCUCGGUGCGUCCUUCGUGUCUGGUCUUGGUGGUGUCGUUUGCUGUCGGUAUUUUCGCUUUGAUGGGGCGGUAG